UACAGAUGCUGGGAGUGGCCAUACUGUUUGACAAGAUUUUUUAGUUGUAUGUACAAAUUGCAGCAAUAGCUACAGUGGAGGAGAAACUGCUGACUGACUGAAUCGAUAUGGACACUUCUGGAAAAGUAAUAAAAUGUCGGGCAGCAGUAUUGUGGGAUUCGCAUAAACCCUUCAGCGUUGAAGAGAUAGAAGUUGCUCCUCCAAAGGCUCAUGAAGUUCGUAUAAAGAUACUAUUUUCUGGAAUAUGUCGUACAGAUGACCAUAUAGUGGAAGGAGCUGUAGAUGGUCAGAAGUUUCCAGUGAUUGUAGGUCAUGAAGCAGCCGGUAUAGUAGAAAGUAUUGGUGAUGGAGUAACUACAGUCAAACCAGGGGACAAAGUAAUCCCACUGGCUCUUCCUCAAUGUGGAGAAUGCAGAAGCUGUGUUGAACCGGAGAGUAAUGUGUGCUACAAAUCAGAUGUGGGCAAGAAUACUGGUUUGAUGUCUGACAACACAAGCAGAUUUACAUGCAAGGGACAGUUGAUUCAUAAUUUCGUCAACAUCAGCACCUUUAGUGAAUACACCGUGGUGGAUGAAAUAAGUGUGGUGAAAAUACAUGAUGAUGCUCCCCUGGAUAAAGUCUGUGUGAUUGGCUGUGGGUUUUCCACAGGAUAUGGAUCUGCUGUUAAUGUGGCUAAGGUCAAGGCUGGCUCCACAUGUGCUGUAUUUGGAUUGGGAGGCAUUGGUCUCUCUGUGAUUAUUGGAUGUAAAGUAGCCGGAGCUUCCAGGAUUAUCGGUGUUGAUGUAAAUAGUGAUAAGUUUGUGACAGCUAUAGAGCUGGGAGCCACUGAGUGCAUCAACCCAAAGGACCACAAGAAGCCCGUUCACGAAGUGCUACAAGAGAUGACUAAUGGGGGAGUUCAUUAUUCUUUUGAGUGUAUUGGAAACACAGACGUCAUGGUUUCAGCACUUCAGUCUACUCACUUCAGUGCUGGUAUUACAGUUAUUGUUGGAUUGGCUGAUUCACAAGCAAAGCUCUCAUUUGAUCCAAUGCUGGUUCUCUCAGGACGUACUAUAAAAGGUGCUUUACUUGGAGGUUAUAAGAGUAAAGAUAGUCUUCCUCAACUAGUUUCAGAUAUGAUGAAAGGCAAGUUUUCUCUGGAUAGACUGAUCUCUCACAAAUUGCCUUUUAUUGAAAUAAAUAAAGGAUUUGAACUUCUGCGCAAAGGAAAAAGCAUACGCACGGUGCUGCAAUUCUAACAGCCUCCUGUUGUUGAUUAUUCUGAGCCUGAAAUGAAGAAAGAAUUGGACGCUUUUGAACAUUUAUUCAUUGUUCUUGCUCAAUUUUUUUUUUAAAAGAUAUUAAAAGCCGUGUGUGUUAACUGAAUUUUGAUAGUAAGAUGUGAAUUGCAGUGUUUUGGACACAAGCACUACAAUUUCAGUUUAACAUUUACAGUCUUUAACAAAGAUAUAUUACAUUUAAGUGUUUAAUUUGUGUUCUUAAAGCCUAUCAGAAGUGCCAUGAUGCUGACAGUCCACUUAAUGUAAACAAAUGUACGCUUUCUGGCAAGUAUCUGCUUCACUACGCUUUGCAUCAUAGAAAUGUUUCCCGCAGCAAUCGUUCACUACAAUGCUUGUUACAGUAUAAUGAAGUUCUAUAGGAGCACUCAUUAAAUUCAUAGAAUAUAAUACUGCAGGAAGAGUACAGUAUGCUAAGCUCUGUAGACAGGACACAGAACAUGGCUUUAUCUACAAUAUUUGCCUGGUAUUGUUUUCCAAUGCCCAUGGAUAAAAGCUUUCAAAUGUGUAUACAUUUAUACCGACUUUUAUCAUUUUCAGCAUGAAAAUAAAUUGUUGGAAACUUCCUAGGUGCCACCAGAUAAGAGCUAUCAUGAUCCUGUAACUAAUGUCCUUCAUUAUUAGAUUCAGCAUCAGAAAAUGACUCUCUUGCAGAUUAACAUAUUUUUCAGUAUUGGAAGAAAUUUCAAUGAUCUGACGUUG